AUGCCGGACGACCCCCCCGGGCUCCCGGCCCGUCUCCUUUUUGCCCCCCUGCACGCGGCCGAGGCUGCCCCCGAGUCCGACGCCGCCCAUCUCCGCGAUCUCCACUACUGCACCUCUACCGGUCGCUUCUUCUCGUUUCUCUCCGCCGACAUCGUCACCGAACGCCGCUCUUCCCGCGCGGCCAAGCAGUUCUUCUGCCCGGUCUGUCCCGACUCCCUCAUCAAACUCAGCAAGCUGCGAUGCCCGACCUGCAACUGGUCCACUUCCUCCGUAGGCAUCUCCGACAUCUCCGGCCUACUCCAACGCGAUGGCGACCCGUAUCCGUGGAUCUCCGCUGAGAUUCGCCAGCUUCACGCCCGCUUCGCCGCGCAACGCGACCCCCAACAUUCCGCCCCGGAGGACGCUUCCGCCCCCGUCGCCCAGACAGCCGAGCGCAAGUCCAGCUUGCCCAAAGUACAACGCCAAGAAGAGUCUGAUCAGAAGCCUCCGAACGCGGGCAACUCGUCUACUGCGGCGCAGCGCUUCGCCAAAUGGCAGGCCGAAAAAGAGAAACGCGUCUUCAGUCAGUGGAUGCCGGAGAUGGAAAUGGUGGAGUGGACCAGUCUGCAGGGGCGCCCCGAAGGCGACAUCGACGCUUUCAUGGCGGAGGAGAAGCUCGACAGCUUUCUCGAAAUCGAGGAGAGGGUGUGCAGCACCACGUGGCGCAAGUGCGAGGUCUCCGCGCGACGACGUGUCCCGCAAGCAAAGGUGCGUAUCGGCUCCCCAUUCGGAAGCGCGGAGACGAAGGAGGCGUGUCAGGUUGCGCCGGAUAUUGCCGCAUGGAUCCAACAUGCGUGCCAGAGCGCGCAGCAGGGGGCUGUGUCUGUCGUCAUUGGUAACAAACGGCGACGCGGAGACCUUUUUGUCACAGUAGCGAAUGCCGACAAGGCAAACGAGCGAGCGGAGACCAUGAUUGCGCUGGGAGAAACAGCUACGCUGACGAUAGGGCACUUCUCGUUUCGCGAGGAACCCGUUCCGGAAGUGCUUGGCGAGUUUUCCAUGUGCACUGCGCUAGCCGUGCUCGAAGCAUCGUUUCAGUAUACCGAGCCUGACAUCACGGUAUCUUCCGAUCAAGUGUCACAUCUACGGAUUUAUGCGCGGCAUCCGCGCUGA